GCAGCAGGGGAGCCCGACACAAACUGACUGACCUUUUCGGCCUCCGACGCUUUCGGUUCGUGCCGACCCUCGAGCUGACCAGUCCAGGAGAAAACAUGGUGGAAACACAGAGAAGAAAGGACGAAGCCGUUGGAAAAACGAACGAGAGGAGGUACAGAUGCCCGACCAGGAAGUGGGCGUGCCCAGACAAAACCAUGGCGACGGGGACUACCCGACCCACACGGAGGCUGAGUUGGACUUUGCACGACAGGAGGCGAACAUUGAGUUUGCGUCUCACCGUGAUGCCGGGGAGCUGGAGAUGGGUGGGGCCGGGAGCCCGAGUCCCGUCGGUGUCGGCUCUCAACAGCUGACAUGGGCCCACUCCGUCACACCCACCGACCUCAGACAGGGGUCGAUGGAAUCUGCAGACCAGAAACUAACAAACACUGAACUGUACAGUCCGACCACACCCACAGUGAACUCUCCCAACUCCUGGGGUCAGACCACCACGCCGAAACCUUCCGGACGAAACUCCUCGACCCCCAGGCAACCAGCCAUAAGACCACAAAUUGAGGUGAUACCGUGCAAGGUGUGUGGCGACAAAUCAUCAGGGGUCCACUAUGGAGUAAUCACAUGUGAAGGAUGCAAGGGAUUUUUCCGUCGCAGCCAGUCGGGCCCAGUGAACUACCAGUGUCCUCGGAACAAGUCAUGUGUGAUCGACCGUGUUAACCGGAACAGAUGUCAGUAUUGCAGAUUACAGAAGUGUAUUGCUCUCGGCAUGUCCAGGGACGCUGUGAAGUUCGGGCGGAUGUCGAAGAAACAGAGAGAGAAGGUUGAAGAUGAGGCGAACCUGAUUAAGACGGGUCAAGUGAACGGGUACGAUCCUCUAGCCAGCCCUCCAUUCCCCCACCUCGUCAACAACAACAACAACAACAACAACAACAACAAUGGUUUUGUCACAUUAUCCAGUCCAGGCUUCACGUACCCAACCAACGGCUUCACCUACAGUCAGGAGUACACAACGGCCACGACGGCAGACAACGGCAACUUCACACCUCAUCCCAUAGCGCUGGUGCGAGCAGUCGAUCUCAUGGACCCUGUAUCGUUCGGGAAGGCUGUUACGGAGGCCCACCUUCGCACCUCUCUGUACUCGACUGACCAGGUGGAGGCUCUGAAGAAACAAGCCAUCUCGUUAGAGCAGGUUAACAAGCUGAAAAGCAUGAAUCAUCGCCAGUUGUGGACGGAAAUUGCCGAGAAGAUAACUCUAGCUGUGCAGCAGAUUAUCGAGUUCGCCAAACUUGUUCCAGGAUUCAUGGAUUUAUCCCAAGACGACCAGAUCAUGUUACUGAAAGCAGGGAGUUUUGAGUUGGCCUUGUUGCAGGCAUGUCGUGUGUAUGAUUCCGAAACAGGCAGCAUCGUUUUUGGUAACAGCUAUAUUCCCCUGGAUGCGUUUUCUCUCUUAAAUGAUGAGGAAAAGAUUUUGAUGCAUAGCAUCUUUGAGUUUGUGAAGCUAAUGCAGAAAUUCAACAUGUCCGAGAGUGAGCUGGCUCUUCUCAGUGCCCUUAUCUUGAUCAGCUCAGAUCGGCCCGGAUUAAAAGAUACUGUUGACAUUCAGAAACUGCACGAUAAAAUUUUAUCUGCGUUGAAGAUGGAGAUUGGUGCAAAUCACAGCGAGGACUCGCAAAUUCUGUUGAAACUGUUACAACACACACCCGUUCUGCGAACUCUCAGUCUCCAUCACAUAAGAGUGCUAAACCGAUUCCGCGAGUCGGCCCCAGAUAUCGAAUUCCCUGCACUACACAAAGAACUCUUUUCAGUCGAGAGUUCCGAUUCAUCAUGAGAAAUUUAAAAAAAUUGGCUUUUUUUUUUCUUCUUUUUUUAAAUACUAUGUGCUAACAAACUUAUCUCAUGUCAGAAGAAUGGAAGGAUUGUGGGGAAAAUGGAUAUCUUUGUAAAUAUGAAGAUAUUUUAUACUUUGAAGAACUGUGGAGAAGUCUUUUUUUUUUUUAUGUGCAUGUAUUUGAAGAAUAUUUUUACAUUUUGAGUCAUCUCGGGAAAACAACUCUUGGUAUAUAUGAAGAAUAUUUUAGCAUUUUGAGGCAUCUCGGAAAACUCAUGGGAUAUUUGAAGAAUAUUUUAGCAUUUUAAGGCAUUGCAGAAAAUGCCUCUUGGUAUAUUUGGAGAAUAUUUGAGCAUUUUGAGGCAUCUCAGAAAAUGCCUCUUGGUAUAUAAGGAGAAUAUUUUGUUCUUGACUGGUGAUGGAAAUAAAAAAGAAAAUAACAGUUGACAUACAUGUUUAUCUGAAGACAAUUUGUGCGUCGAGGGUCGUAGGGAAAAAAGAAAGAAAUCAUAUAUUUGAAGCUAUUUUACAAAGUCCGAUGUUGAUAUAUAUAUAUAUAUAGUGUACAUAGUACAGAAACGGUGGGUAAAUGAAACCAACCGAUGGAGAAGACAUAUUUUACAUAUAAGUCGCAAAGAUGUUAUAUUGACUAACAAUAUACAUACAGUAGAAUCUCGUUGGGUUGAACUCGGAAGGGUCGCAUACACCGCAACACUCGAAUCAAAAAUGAAGUCCCGAGUUACACUUGCACGCUGUUGACCGAAUGGUUGGGUCAAACUACCCAAAGAGUCCGAACACGUUCUGGAGCACCAACGGGGAUUCGAGCCGGCGAGAUUCAGCCGUAUACUGUAAUGAUUAUAUUAUUAGUGGAGGAAUCGCACAUUAAAAGUGUUCAUUAUACGGGAGUGUGUCCAAAGUGUUGGAUGGAGAUGGACUCAUGAAGGAUUCUUUUUUUUUUAAAUGUCUCCAGGAUGUUUUAAAUAAUCACAUCUUGUUUUUUAAAAACAAAACAAAAACACUUGUUAAAGUUGCCGAGAAGUGCUAUGUGACUGCUUCAUACAGUUUUAUAUUUCAUCCCAGAUCACUGCUGUGACUGAAUUGGUUUAGCUGGUAUAACAACAUAAACCGAUGCCGUUUGCACGUUAUAACAACAUAAACUGAUGCCGUUUUGCUGGUAUAACAACAUAAACUGAUGCCAUUUGCACGGUAUAACAACAUAAGCUGAUACCAUUUAGCAUGGUAUAACAACAUAAACUGCUUCCAUUUAACACAGUAUAACAACAUAAACUGAUGCCGUUUGUGUGGUAUGACAACAUAAACUGAUUCCGUUUGUAUGGUAUGGCGAUGUUAACUGAUGCAACUUUCCCGGUAUAAUGGCAUGAAUAGAGGCAGUUUAGUCAUUAUAACAGUAUAAACCGAAGUAAUUUGGCCAUUACAUCAGCACUUACCAAGUGGUUUGACUGGUAUAUCACUACGAACCGAAGCGAUUUGCCUGUUAUCUGUAUAAACCGAAGCAAUUGGCCGUUACAUCAGCACUUACCAAGACGGCAUAAAUCAAGGCAGCUUAAAUCGGCUGUUAAUAUAUUCCAGGGCAUGGACAGUAAAGCAGUUGUGAUUUGUUUCUCCACUGCAGACUCCAAACUGAAGAUCACUUUGUGUUGUACAGAGAUGCAUUUUUUAUAUCAUGUCAUUCAUUUUAUCCACAAUACUAUAGACUGCUUCUAGAAUAUGUAGGCUGAUUCAAGAAUGUUGUAUAGACUGAUGCUAGAAUUAUAUAGACCGAUUCAAAAUUAUAUACAUGUAGACCAAUUCUAAGACUAUAUAGAUUGAUUCAAGAAUAUAUAGACCCAAUUCUAGACUAUAUAGAUUGAUUCAAGAAUAUAUAGACCCAAUUCUAGACUAUAUAGAUUGAUUCAAGAAUAUAUAGACUGAUUCUAGACUAUAUAGAUUGAUUCAAAAAUAUAUAGACCGAUUCUAGACUAUAUAGAUUGAGUCAAGAAUAUAUAGACUUAUUUGUGAAUGUAUAGACUGGUUUUUGAAUAUAUGGACUGAUUCUACAAUAUAUAGACUGAUUCUGAAGUGUAUGUGCCAAUUCUAAAGUCAAUAGACGAAAUGUAUGGUCAGAUUCUAGCAUAAAUAGAUUGGUUCUAAAAUGUAUUUACUGAUUCUAAAAGAUACAGAUUGGGCUUAAAACAUACAGACUGAGAUUGAAAUGUCUGUAGUAAUACCAGAUUUUCUAGAUUAUGUAGACCGGUUCUGUAAUAUAUAUAUAUAUACACCAGAGGUGGGAAUUCUCCUUGAAUGAGCUGUUUUCCUCUCAUGGAACAUUGCGUUUCCUCACAUUUUAAUCGUCCUUUCCUCCUAAAUGUAUCAGAUGGCACAGAUUUUAACCUAGGAUUUCAAGAAUUUCUGGGACCCCUGUAGAUUUCCUCCUUUUUUACAGUUCACCAAUUCCCACCCCUGAUUUCUUUUAUGCAUCAGUGUAUAUAGAUUGGAACCAGUCUAUUUAUAUAUCUGCUUGAAAUUGUAUACAUCAGGGUUCGACCGUCGUCAAGAGAAAUAUCCAAUAGCCGAUGAUUAAUUAAUCAAUGUGUUCUAGUGGUGUCGUUAAAGAAAAUGAUCACACUUUUAAACUCAUCAGGAGAAUAUUUUUGAAUAACGUGGCCAUACAAUGCAUGUGUUUAAAAUGGCAAACAUUGUUUUAGUGGUUGUUGUUAAUUUUCGGUAUUGGUCUGUAUGUUUGGCUAAAAAAAAAAGUUAUUGUUCUGCUGUUUUGAAGAAUUUAUUUUUGAUAUGUCUCAUGGCAACAAGGCAAGCACUAAUUUCAAACCCUGCAUACUGGUGUGUGUAGUACCUAAGGACAUUGUUUCAAUGUUACUUUGUUGUUAAAUAUGUUUUAAGUUUC